UAAACUAGUUUAUUUCAAAAAAAAAUACAAGCAAACAAGAAAAAUUGUACAUAGCAAAAAACAAAAAAUUUAUAUUAAAAAAUUAACGCAAAAAUAAUUAUUGCAAAAAACUUUAUUUAACAUUUUAAGAAAAUUAUCUAAAAAAAUCAAACGUAAAAAAACUAAAUUAAAAAUAAAAUGUGAAAACAUGAAUUUAAAAAUAAAAUAUUAAAAAAUGAAUCUAAAAAAUAAGCGUUAAAAAUAAUGUAAAAAUUUAAUAUAAAAAAACUUAAUCUGAAAAAAUAACAUACAAAACUUAAUCUAAAAAUGUUUAAAAAAAACUUAUAAAUUGAAUUUACAAAAAUAAUCUGAAAAUUAAAUUAAAAAAUUAAUCUAAAAGAGAAGUCAAUAUUAAAAUAUUAAUAAAAAAGAAACAGAUACUAAAAAAUUAACCUUUUAAAAACAAAAUAAUUAUAAAAAAAUUAUGUAUAAAAAUAAUUAAAUCUAUACUGCGCCUCUUAUUCUUUUCUUGAUUAUUGUAUCUAAUCACGCAAACCAGUAAAAUGAGCGAAAGAUCGGCGAGCACAUGUAUAUAUACAUGUGCUUUUUUUCGUUCUAUGCACACUCGUCGUCUUUUCUUCACCAGAAAAACUAGCGGUAAACCGUGGCUGACCAGUGGAAUUUGUAAAGAACCGCGGUAUCAUUUAAAACUGACAGUUAGCCGCGGCAAACCGCCGAUUUUGAGAAAUACCGCAGUUUACCGCUAAAACUGGUCCGGUUUUCGCAACAUGGGACCUUCUAUAAUAAAGUUUUGUAUUUUGAUUUUUAAAAACAGAUAGCUUCUUAAUUCUAAACCUAUAAAAUACGAAUGUAUACAUCUUAACAGAGAGAAACCCAUUGAAAUAAACGAAAUUUUUACAGGAGUAUUUUAAAAUUGGGUGGUAUGGAUGGUCAACAACAAUUUCGUGAGUUUCAAGAUUGCAUUAAUCGAAUGAUUGAAAUUGGUGUUGAUUUAAAUGAUAACAAUAAAUCACGCCAUUACAAACAAUUGUUCAAUAAUAUAAUAUGCAAUGAUAUAUGCUUUAACAAAGCGUCUAAAAAAGGAUUUGAACAAAAUGUUGGGGAACCCAGUCUGGAUUUAUUUGUUGAUAAGUAUAUGAAAGAUGGUGACGGUUUGAUAGUUAGUGUUCAACAUGUCAAGAAAUUUUUAACAUCAGAUAUAAUAAUUGGUAUUUUUGCAAUUGGAAUGACAAGCAACAGUCGAUGGUUCGUGAUCAAUACAUCUGAAAUAGAAAAUAAUCAAAAUAAAACAAAAGAAGAGCUUGAAUAUCUGUUGUUGGCGACAAACCACUUUCGCAAGCGUGCUAAAGGUCUUGGUGCAGUGGAAAAUCUUGAAUCUUCAAAAAAUAAAUUAACAAACUAUAAUGAUGAUCAAGAUGAAAGUGAUGCUGAUGAUGACGAUGAUGAUAAUUUAAUGGCCGAUGUUCAUGCAUUGAAAACGGCAGCAAUGUAG